AUGUUUAUAAUUUUGUCAGUGAUUAUUAGUGCCUUAUAUGUCCAAGUUGGCAGUUUUGAUCAAUAUUCGCUAGUCUACAGCAUCACCAUCAAAGAAAUCAACGAGCUCAAUGCAGCAUUCUCAGGAGCUCGACUAGACAGUUUAAAGCUUCAAAACUAUGCAAAAUACAUAAUCCAACAAAACUCAACGAAUAAAUCUGAAGUCAAUUCCAUUACUUUUGAAAAUUUCUCAGAACUUUCUGAAUUAUUGAAGAAUUACAGCACAAGAGAUGGAGCUGUACAAGUGCAGCACUUACUAGACGAAGUAAUGAGCCAAAUAAAAUCUAUGAUUGAGAUUUUGAAGAGCCAAGGAAUUAGUGACCAGAAAAUACUGGCAGUUGCUUUCCCAGUUGCUUACAAUGACUUGGUUCACAUGCUUUCGCUGAAUGCUCAUAAAUUGAGUUUAAAAAUUAAUGUUAUUCCUUUAAGAAAGCCUGAAAGUCCAAAAUUUAAAGUAGCCAAACCACACAAAACAACCAGAAAAACAUACAAAAAAGCUGUUAAAAAAGCAUUUAAGGAAGCAAAGAGACUUAAAGUGUUGGCACCAAGAAUAAUGAGGAACAUGCCCCUCCAAACCUCAAUCAUCAGUGAUUUUCAAAAAAUUGUGACAAAUUUAGCCGAUUCUGUAGAAAAAGCCUUUGCAUCAUAUCCAGCAUAUGCAACAGGUGCCAAAGAAAUCAUUUUGAAUAUUACAAACCAAAGCGAGAAAGUUUUGAAAAUUCUUGAAGGAAAUGUUGUUUUGUUGCUCUACUUCUGCUCACGAUCAUCAGUUUAUGUUUUGUUUUUCACAAGACAAGUUCAAAUUAAUUUCGAAAUUAUGAUUAAAUAUUAUAUCUUACUAUUGUGUCUUUAUCAGGGAGUCAUGGUAGCAGUAAGUAGCAAUCCUGGGAUCGAUUCCGGAGACAUUGCUGAGCUCAACUACAUAUUCAGAGAAACACAUUAUGACAGUGACUUACUUGAGAUUUAUGCAUCAUACUUGAUUUCUAGACAUGGAAUUGAUGAUGGAUUGAUCAACUCAAGUGCUGUCCAAAUUUAUACUGAUCUUUAUGAAAUUCUAACACAAUCAAGUUCUGGAAAUAAUACAGGACAGGCACAAAAGUUGAUGCAAAAUAUUUUUAAUCAGACAAAAAUUAUGUUUAGAAUAAUCAAGCAGCAAGGAAUUCAGGAAGCGUCAGUGUUAGCUUUGUGGCUUCCAUGGGCAUACAACGAUAUGAUCAAUGUCCUUUCACCUAAAUUCCGGAACAUGAUCGCUAAAAAGCCAAACAUCACAGCCAGAGUUGAAUUUAUAACUGCAUUAUCAAAGGCAAGAAGUGAUGUUUACAGAUUUAAUUUUAUUCUACCAAAGCUCAUAAAUGGAAUUAAUCAACAGCAAACUUUAGACUUCAACAAACUCAAGCAAUUCAUGACGAAACUUGGCAAUUCUACAUACAGCAUUGCUGCAGUGUCCAAAGCAUCUUAUGCAAAUGGAAUAAAAGCUUUAAUUGAAGACGCAUCAAAGCAGGUUGAGACAAUUUUUGAAGUUUUUGCUAAUAAUGGAGUCAAAGAAGGUCCAAUAAUCUUCGAAAUUCUUAUCAAAAUAUUUAUGGACAUGAUGACACAGUUGGUUUAUUUUCUGACGGCAAUUUAG